GUGUUGUUGACGUGUUGUGACUUUGCAGAGGGACAAUGUUGCUCAUUCUAAUAUCUAAACCCUUGCAAUGCACUUUGUAGCGGCCAUGUGCACGGGUGACGCCCAAAGAAGCCAGCUGUCAGGGUAAAAAUGACAAGUUCGAUUGGGCUUUGGAGAUAAUUGUGUGAAGCACCAUGAACGUCCCUGAAGAGACGCUCCUCAAAUAUGACUGCCCGGUUGUCGUUCCCAGAACCGCAGAUAAAAAAACAGCAAAGAGACCAAAAACCCCCUUGAAGUCCAAAACUCCGCAGCCUACGGGCAGCUCUGUGGCACGUCCUUGCAAGUCCAUCACAGCCACCCUUGAAGACGUCAAGCAGAAGAAUGAAGACAUUCUCACUCUCAUGUUUGCGCCCAGGAGAUGGAUGGAGGGAAACCAAGAGUGGUUUCAGAAAGUCUCCAGUGCACCGUCCACUAGAGUGGACGUGGUGAACCUGGAGGAAGAACUGGACAGGAAGCUGGUCCAGCUGCAUUCGAUGGAGACGGGCAUCUGCCCUGUGAGAAGACACUUGUACACCCAGUGCUUUGACGAGCUGAUCAGACAAGUGGUCCUCAUCGGCGCCGAGAGGGGUCUCUUGUUGCUGCGGGUAAGAGAUGAGAUCCAAAUGACCAUUGCUGCCUACCAGAAGUUCUACGAGAGCAGUAUGGUGUUUGGGAUGAGGAAAGCUCUACACGAUGAGCAGGACAAGGCGGCCUUAGAGGAGAAGGGUCGGACUGCCGCCAUGGGUCUCCCCCGCAGGACGCGGCACCUGAGCGGCCACACAGCGGUGCCUUUCUCCUCCCGACAGCCAAGCAGCCUGGAGCAAAUGUUCCAUUGCGAGUUUGCACCGCACACAUGCAACGUUUCAGUUCAUGGACAUCGGGGAAAAAGGAGGAAAAGAGUCACCACACAGCUGCAUGACCAUUUCAACAAGGACGGAAUAAACAACCUCUGGAUUCAUGGAACUUCUCUGCACACAAAUAUAUUAAAUAAAUAAAUAAAUGAUAAAUGGGUUAUACUUGUAUAGCGCUUUUCUACCUUCAAGGUACUCAAAGCGCUUUGACAGUAUUUCCACAUUCACCCAUUCACACACACACAUUCACACACUGAUGGCAGGAGCUGCCCUGCAAGGCGCUAACCAGCACCCAUCAGGAGCAAGGGUGAAGUGUCUUGCCCAAGGACACAACGGACGUGACUAGGAUGGUAGAAGGUGGGGAUUGAACCCCAGUAACCAGCAACACUCCGAUUGCUGACACGGCCACUCUAUGAAUAUUCAAUACAUUUCUCAUAAACAUAUUAAAUAUCUUUUUCUUUUUUUUUCUCAAAAAAGGUUCCCUAUGCCUUAUUAUUUAUAUACUUUUCAAUGCUUCCUGUAGUCAGACAAUAGAUAUUGUUUGUCUAAAAUUAUAGUUUAAGUUAAUGUGUUAAUAUUUACACCUAGCCCCUAACCUAAAUACAAUAAUCAUAAGACAAAAAAAUUGUGUAUCACAAGCGUUUGGGACAAGUUUGGGGAGAUUUUGACAAAGUGUGUGUGGUGGUGGGGGCUGGAUGACAUUGCUAGUCAGAACAUAAAAUAACUUAAAAACAUCAACCGUAGAAACAUAAAUGUUCACAGCACAAACGUAUUGCGGUGUUAUUCUGAUAUUUGCAAUAAUAAAGUGGGCAACUUCAUACAGGUCUGUAUAACAGGUUCCUUAUUUAUUUUUUACAAAAUGUUUAAACAAAAUGUUAAUUUGCAGAAUACACUGCACAAGUGAAGAAAACAUUUUAACAAACCUUAUUAUUCCCAUGUUGUCCACUGAAUAAAGUGCAGAAUUGAAGUGAAAAUGUCUAUUCUAUAGUUGCCAUCAUUUUCAAGUGGGUUCACUUGUUGAAAAAUGUUCAUUGUUGUCUCAUUAAUGUUUACAUCUAUGUCUGGAAUUACACACCGACAAGUAUUGAAAGGAUAUGAAUAAUGAGACAUAAGGAACCUUUCUGAGCCAAAAAAGGUUGUUUUCAACACACUGUUGAAAAUAAUAUUCACAAUGUUUCUAUGUGAAAUUUAUUGAAUAUUCCAAUUAGUUCAAAUCCCAGCCGAGUCAUACCAAAGACUAUAAAAAUGGGACCCAUAACCUCCCUGCUUGGCACUCAGCAACAAAGGGUUGGAGUUGGGGGUUAAAUCACCAAAAUGAUUCCCGGGCGCGGCGCCGCUGCUGCCCACUGCUCCCCAAGGGGAUGGGACAAAUGCAGAGGACAAAUUUCACCACAUCUAGUGUGUGUGUGACAAUCAUUGGUACUUUAAUUAAUUUAAUUAAUUAAUAUAUU